AGAGUGGAGCUGGCCGCCGCGGCCGCUGGGUCGGAAUCUCUGGGCUGCGGGUCACCGGGUUAUUCGGAGCCCCGCGGUGUCCUCCGCGGCCGGACCCGCUGUGGGUCUGAGGCGUCCUCUCUCCCGGGCCCUGCCGUGGGCCCCGCGUCCCCCGACCAUGCCCGCGGCCGCCGCCCCUAUCAUCAGCUCGGUUCAGAAGCUGGUUCUCUACGAGACCAGAGCUAGAUACUUCCUAGUUGGGAGCAAUCAUGCAGAAACUAAAUACCGUGUUUUGAAGAUUGAUAGAACAGAACCAAAAGAUUUGGUCAUAAUCGACGAUAGGCAUAUAUAUACUCAACAAGAAGUGAGAGAACUUCUUGGCCGCUUGGAUCUAGGAAAUAGAACAAAGAUGGGACAGAAAGGAUCCACCGGGUUAUUUCGAACUGUUUCAGCUUUUGGUGUUGUAGGUUUUGUCAGGUUUUUGGAAGGCUAUUAUAUUGUGUUAAUAACUAAAAGGAGGAAGAUGGCAGAUAUUGGAGGUCAUGCAAUAUAUAAGAUUGAAGAUACAAAUAUGAUCUAUCUACCCAAUGAUUCUGUGCGAAUUACUCAUCCUGAUGAAGCCAGGUAUCUACGAAUAUUUCAAAAUGUGGACUUAUCUAGCAAUUUUUACUUUAGUUACAGCUAUGAUCUCUCCCACUCACUUCAGUAUAACCUCACGGUCUUGCGAAUGCCCCUGGAGAUGUUGAAGUCCGAAAUGACCCAGACUCGCCAGGAGAGUUUUGACAUCUUUGAAGAUGAAGGAUUAAUCACACAGGGUGGAAGUGGUGUGUUUGGGAUCCGUAGUGAGCCCUACAUGAAGUAUGUGUGGAACGGUGAACUUCUGGAUGUGAUUAAAAACAGCGUGCAUCGUGACUGGCUGCUGUAUAUCAUUCAUGGGUUCUGUGGGCAGUCAAAGCUGUUGAUCUACGGACGACCGGUGUAUGUCACUCUAGUAGCCAGAAGAUCCAGUAGAUUCGCUGGGACGCGCUUUCUCAAGAGAGGUGCAAACUGUGAGGGUGAUGUUGCAAAUGAGGUGGAAACGGAGCAGAUACUCUGCGAUGCUUCUGUGAUGUCUUUUGCUGCAGGAAGUUACUCUUCUUAUGUGCAAGUCAGAGGCUCAGUCCCUUUGUACUGGUCCCAGGACAUUUCGACUAUGAUGCCUAAGCCGCCGAUUACACUGGACCAGGCAGACCCAUUCGCACACGUGGCUGCCCUUCACUUCGACCAGAUGCUUCAGAGGUUCGGCUCCCCGGUUGUCAUCCUGAACCUAGUGAAGGAACGAGAGAAGAGAAAGCACGAGAGAAUUCUCAGUGAGGAGCUCGUAGCCGCUGUGACAUACCUCAACCAGUUUCUGCCUCCUGAGCACGCCAUUGUUUACAUUCCUUGGGACAUGGCCAAGUACACCAAAAGCAAGCUGUGUAAUGUUCUUGACCGACUGAAUGUGAUCGCAGAAAGUGUGGUGAAGAAAACAGGUUUCUUUGUGAACCGCCCUGAUUCCUACUGUAGCAUUUUGCGGCCAGAUGAAAAGUGGAAUGAACUAGGAGGGUGUGUGAUUCCCACUGGCCGCCUGCAGACUGGCGUUCUUCGAACCAACUGUGUGGACUGCCUAGAUCGCACCAACACGGCCCAGUUCAUGGUGGGCAAAUGCGCGCUGGCCUAUCAGCUGUAUUCCCUGGGGUUGAUCGACAAGCCGCACCUGCAGUUUGACACAGAUGCAGUCAGGUUGUUUGAGGAGCUCUAUGAAGAUCAUGGGGACACCCUGUCCCUUCAGUAUGGGGGUUCUCAACUUGUCCAUCGUGUAAAAACCUACAGGAAGAUAGCACCAUGGACCCAGCACUCAAAAGACAUCAUGCAGACCCUGUCUAGAUAUUACAGCAAUGCUUUUUCAGAUGCUGAUAGACAAGAUUCCAUUAAUCUCUUCCUGGGAGUUUUCCGUCCCACUGAAGGGAAGCCUCAUCUCUGGGAGCUCCCAACAGAUUUUUAUUUGCAUCAUAAAAACACCAUGAGGCUUCUACCAACAAGAAGAAGUUACACUUACUGGUGGACACCAGAGGUAAUAAAACAUUUACCGCUGCCAUAUGAUGAAGUUAUCUGUGCUGCAAAUUUAAAGAGGCUGACCGUGAAGAAAUUUCACAAAUAUGAAGAAGAGAUUGAUAUCCACAGCGAGUUCUUCCGCCCGUAUGAACUGAGCAGUUUCGAUGACACCUUCUGCUUGGCUAUGACAAGCUCAGUGCGUGACUUUAUGCCUAAGACCGUUGGCAUUGAUCCAAGUCCAUUUACUGUGCGUAAACCAGAUGAAACUGGAAAGUCAGUAUUGGGGAACAAAAGCAACAGAGAAGAGGCAGUUUUACAGCGGAAAACAGCAGCCAGCGCCCCGCCGCCGCCCAGCGAGGAGGCUGUGUCCAGCAGCUCGGAGGACGACUCGGGGACCGACCGCGAGGAGGAGGGCCCUGCGUCCCAGCGCUCCACGCCAGUGAAGAUGGGCGACGCGGGAGACAGCGCCCGGGUGGCCGAGAAUGUGGUCCAGCCGAUGAAAGAGGUAUAUGGAAUUAACCUCUCAGACGGCCUCUCAGAAGAAGAUCUCUCCAUUUAUUCAAGGUUCGUUCAGCUGGGCCACAGUCAGCAUAAGCAGGACAGGAGCAGCCGGCAGCUCUGUUCCAGGUGCCCGGAUGGAGUUAUAAAAUUAACACCCAUUUCGGCUUUCUCGCAAGACAACAUCUAUGAAGUUCAACCUCCAAGAGUUGACAGAAAAUCUACAGAGAUCUUCCAAGCCCACAUCCAGGCCAGUCGCGGUGUCAUGCAGCCCCUCGGGAAAGAAGACACCUCCAUGUACCGAGAAUACAUCAGAAACCGCUACCUGUGAACAGGUGCAGGGGCCGUGGCGGCCCCCAGCGGGGCUGACAUCGCCAGUUUGCUCAUGUUGUGAUCUGUUUGCCUCUUCCUAAAAAGGUAAUUUCCCAGCGGGUCUUGACAUCGGAAGGUUUUUUUCUCUUUUUGUAACCGGUGAAUUACAAAUUAUAGUAAUAAAGAAAUGACUGAG